UCUCACCCAGCUCCUGUGGGGAAACUCCUCUUCUAGAACAAGCAUCAGUCUGGCUUCAUGAAUGAAUCUUGACCACACCUGCACCUGAUCUCCACGGAGUCAAGACUCCUCCACUUCUCCUGAAGCCCUGCAGGAGACUGUGAGCAAGAAGAGCCUCAGGACUCAGGACAGGAAGAAGCGAGGGGAACAUUGCAAUGGAUUUACAAGCACAGGUAAAUCUACAGAAGGAUGUGACCUGCCCCAUCUGCCUGGAGCUCCUGACAGAACCCCUGAGCCUGGAGUGUGACCACAGCUUCUGCAAAGCCUGCAUCACUGCAAAGAACAAGGAGUCAGUGAUCCACGCAGGAGGGGAAUGCAGCUGUCCUGUGUGCCAGAGCAGAUACCAGCCUGGGACCCUCCAGCCUAAUCGGCACCUGGCCACCAUAGUGGAGAGAGUCAGGGAGAUCAACACGAACCCACGCAAGCGGCAGAAGAGAGAAUUCUGUGAGCACCAUGGAGAAAAACUCCAUAUGUUCUGUAAGGACGAGGAGCAGGCCAUUUGCAGGCUUUGUGUGGUGUCUCGGGAGCACCAGGGUCACCAAAUAUUCUGCAUGGAGGAGGUGGUCAAGAAAAUCCAGGAGAAGCUCCAGGAAGCUCUGAAGAAGCUGAGGAAGGAGCAGCAGAAAGCUGCGGAGCUGGAAGCUGACAUCAGAGAAGAGAGAGCUACUUGGAAGAACCAUAUGCAGACUGAGAGACAGAGGAUUCUGAAAGGGUUUAAUGAAAUGAGAUGCAUCCUGGACAGUCUGGAACAGAAGGAGCUACAAAAGCUAGAGGAAGACGAGGUGAAUGUGCUGGAGAACUUGGUAGCAGCAAAAGACCAGCUGGUCCAGCAGAGUCAGUACAUGAGAGAGCUUAUCUCAGAUCUCGAGCAUCAGAUGUGGGGAUCAUCAAUAGAUACACUGAAGGAUGUGAUUAACCUCAUAAGAAGGAGUGAGACCUGGACCUUGAAAAAGCCAAAAAUGGUUUCCAAGAAACAGAAAAAUGCAUUCCGAGUUCCAGAUCUGAGCGGGAUGCUGCAAGUAUUUAAAGAGCUGACAGAGGUCCAAUGCUACUGGGUGGAUGUGAUGCUGAAUCCAGUCAACGCUAUUUCAAAUAUUGUCAUAUCUGCGGAUCAGAGACAAGUGAAAAUUUUGCACCCUUUUACGUUUAGGAAUGUAUAUCCAUGUGAUUUUUCUGCUUUUUCUGUCUUGGGCUGCCAAUGUUUCUCGUCAGGCAAAUAUUAUUGGGAAGUAGAAGUGUCUGGGAAGAUUGCUUGGAUCCUGGGGGUAUGCAGUAGCAAAAGGUGCUUUAAUAGAAAAAAGAGUUCUGGAUUUACUUUUGACCCAAAUUUAAAUCAUUCAAAUGUAUACUCCAGAUACAGACCUCAAUAUGGCUACUGGGUUAUAGCGUUACAGAAUGAAUCCGAGUACAAGGCCUUUGAGGACUCUUCCACCUCUGAUCCCAAGGUCUUGACUCUCUCCAUGGCUGUUCCUCCCCGUCGUGUUGGGGUUUUCCUAGACUACGAAGGAGGCACUGUCUCAUUUUUCAAUGUCACCAACCACGGGUCACUCAUCUACAAGUUCUCUAAAUGUCACUUUUCUCAGACUGCUUAUCCAUAUAUCAAUCCUUGGAACUGUCCAGCUCCCAUGACUCUGUGCCCACCAAGCUCUUGAACCUACUUUUUUUCUCACCUGCUUCUUUUGGUGCCCCUUUUCCUGGUUUUCAUCUCUAUACCUGAGCUCAUCUGCACCAUUCACAUCAUCUUUUCCUUGCUGUAAACCUUGUUUGCUUUAGAAUUUUUAAUCAUCUUUGGGAUGUGCAGUGCAUCUGGUUCAAGUCAGGAGAGAUGCUUAUUUACCAUUUACCCUUUUUAGUAUUCUCAAAGAAAGACAUUGUCGCCCUCCUAAAGACAGAGCAGUAUUGACAUAACAUGUUUGCCCUCCCAUUUCUCCACAUUUUCCUUUAUCAUUAAUCUGAAGAGAUAUUGCAAAGCCUGUCUGCCACCAUCCACAUUAUCUAGGUCAGCCCAUAAUCACCCCCCACCCACUAGAAACAGCUAAGGAGUUUUUGAGUGUAUGUUUGUUUGCUGCCCAGGACACACCAGGGUCAAAAGAAAGUCAAAGAAGGAAAACAUAAGCCGUGUAUGUACUCAGAGCGAAGAUUUUGUGUACAGAGUGUUUGACUUCCUAUCCUCUCUCUUCUUUUACAAGAUGUGUAAUGAUGACUAAAUUCUUGUUUCUUUUUCCUAAAAUGCAAUUUGAGAUUUAAAACUGUACUUAAUUCUUAGAUCCUUUCGCAAAACUGUGUCACUCAAUGUAAAGCAGCUGUUUAAUUGUUCUGUACAUUAUAACGAAACUUGUCAGCCCUAUCCAUGUAAUCUGGGACAGAGCAUAGGGAUCUAUCCCUAAAUAGGAAUCCUUGAGAGUGUGUUGCUUUAGCAGUGGCACCUCAUAUUUAUCACAGAGUAAAAGUGGGAUAUGCAUAAAUAAAAUCUUUCCAAAAGUAGAUUUUUGGUUCUCAGAGUUUCUGAAGUCAUAUCUAGUCUCUUCAUUUAUAAACUGUGUAGCCUUGAAUAAGUUAUUUACCAUCUCUUGAAUAAGUUACUAACCAUCUCUUAAAAUAAAUAUUAAUGCUAUAGAUUGUAACUAAUUCUUAGGAUCAUUUUGAGAAACUAAAUUUCAUUGACUGUAAUACACUUUUCUAAGAGCCUUAUAUGUAGGAAUAAAUGGUUGUUAUUUUUACUGAGAUAAUGUAAGCUUUUUCAAUAAUUCAAGGAACAGUUUUGUUUUGGUGAUUUUGUUCAAUAAAAUGAUAAUUGGUUCUA